ACGCUACAGAACUGCUCGAUCUAAUCUCUAAAGUUCUAAACAUAUCUAGACGUAAACAUGGCUCCAGUUAAUGAAAAAGUGUUAAACAACGCGGAAUACGUUCCUGCGAAGAAAGCCCUGCCUGAAGUGAACUCGGAUAAUGGACAUAUCAAUGGAAAUAAGGCUAGCUCAUAUUCGUACGAGACCCUGGUGGAAACCGCCAACUUCCUUCUGUCCAGAACCUCGGUGCGGCCUCACAUUGGGAUCAUCUGCGGGUCUGGGUUGGGUGCGUAUUGGAAAGAGGGCUCAUUAGCAGAACACAUAGAAGACCCAGACAGUGUAGACUAUGAAGAAAUCCCCAACUUCCCCGUGAGCACGGUGGAGGGCCAUCAUGGCAGACUGGUGUUCGGCAAGAUAUCGGGCGUCCCAGUGGUCGCCAUGCAGGGCAGAUUCCACUAUUAUGAAGGCUACCCCCUUUGGAUGUGUUGCCUACCGAUUCGCGUAAUGAAACUCCUGGGAGUAAAAACUUUGAUCGCUACAAACGCAGCUGGCGGGCUCAACCCCAACUACAAAAUCGGAGACCUCAUGAUUGUAAAGGACCACAUCAACAUGAUGGGCUUCGCUGGAAACAAUCCCCUCCACGGACCCAACGACGAGAGAUUUGGACCUCGCUUCCCUCCAAUGAACAAGGCGUACAACUUGGAAUAUAGGAAAAUAGCUAAUGAAGUAGCGAAAGAAUUGAAUAUAGAAAACAUCGUACGCGAAGGCGUGUACACCUGUCUCGGAGGACCUAACUUCGAAACUGUAGCAGAGUUGAAGAUGUUGCAAAUGGUGGGAGUCGACACAGUAGGCAUGUCAACAGUACAUGAGGUUAUCAUCGCCCGCCACUGCGAUAUGAAAGUAUUCGGUCUGUCGCUGGUGACCAACGAGUGUGUGACUUGCGAGGACGCGGCAGACGAAGCCAACCAUGAGGAGGUGCUGGAUGUCGGCCGCAUGCGGCAGGAUAUUCUUCGCAAAUACGUUUCAAAACUUGUUGAGCGAUUCGCCGCGGUAGAUGGCUUAAAUUGACACAUCUUACCUCGACUAUUGAUAUGCUAAUAUCUCAGGGUGCCUAGCCAAGGUGACAACAAGGUGUCGUUUACGCUACGAAAACGAAACGCUUUGUGUCUAUCACUCUUCCUUAAAGGCUUUAUACACUGCUAAAUUUAGGAUUCUAAACGAUUUAGAAUCCUAAAUUAGUAAAGUGUAAUCGCGAUUAGCAAGUAAAGAUAUCCUAAUUAGGAGCAAGGAUAGUUUCUGACAAGCUGAAUGAUUUAGCAUCCUAGUUAGGAUAGGUGUAAUAAUAUUUAGUUUAGUCAGUCGCCUAAGGCGGCGGGCGGACGUGUCUAAGUUUAGAACUGUUGUGACUAAAUUUAGAACAGUGUAAUCAGGAGCGUCCUUCUUAUCCUAAGCAGUCUAAUUAGUAUGACUAAAUUUAGCAAAGUGUAAUAAGCCCUUAAGCUACAUUCGCUACGGAGCGUAAACGAUUGUCAUGUUGGCUGCGCACCCUGCUUCGGCGAUACUUUCCAAACUUGAAAACGCCACUUCAGUUAAUUAAACGUUCCUCAUUAAUGAGGCUUCGGUAUACAAAAGAUGACUGCGCGGCCAACCGCCGUAUGGUAGCAGUUGCUAUUGUUGCUAUAAUGUACGAAAUAUACUCUUUAUAAGAUCUUCACUACCUUCGCAUGUCUCGGUCCUGCCAUCUUUGACCUCCUGGAUCCAUCAGAACAAACGCUUAAGAUUAAGUACUGGCUGUGAAUGUUCAGCAAUGGCCUGAAGGUACCUGCGGCACGAAACAUUACCAACACUUCAUUGCCCCUUAUUAAAACCUCGACAUCAAUUAUAAUUUAAUACCGCCAGUAAUUUAUCCGAAAUACAGGUUGAAAUUUUAGUCACUAUAUUCUGUUUUUUUAUUCCGUAGACUAAAAUGACAUUUCAUCUGGUACUAAGAAAUGUCAUGUCUUACACAUGAGACGUCAUUUUAGUCUACGGAAUAAAAAACAGACCUCAGUCAUACUUUGCGUAGUGACUUUAUAGGUCAUACUUUUAUUAUGGGACUAAUGCCGAAAUCGCGAAAAAAAAAGAAUUUGGCUGUCCCAUAGAAAUCAGCGGCAUCACAUCAGCCGCAAUGUAUGAAACAGCCAGUUUUCUUUGCGAUUUUGACAAUGGUACCAUAAUAAAAGUCGUUCAAUAUGACAUAUGACCUAUGAAGUCACUACGCAGAGUCUGGCUAGUGAUUAUAAUUUCAUAUAUGGAAUACCUACCAUAACCUAUAUGAUGACUUGAUAUGAUGAAGGUAGUACCUAACUGAAUACUCAAAAUUCGUUUAUUAUUAAAAUGUGUUCUUAUUUAGAGUUAGACCAAGCUAAGUUGGCAGCGAUUUUGAUAGCCCAGAUGGUGCAAGUGUUAUUUUUACCGUCAAACUUCUAUAAGAUUAUGACUUUUAAAUAACACUUGCACACAAUACACACAUUGCUGCCCGCCAACUUAGCUUUGUCUAACUCUAUGAUAGUGUUUGUGGGGCAAAAACUAAUUUAAUUAGUCAAAGUGAAGCACUUUUGUUAUCGUUUACUCUAUUUAGGACCUUAAAAUAAUGUAAACAAAUAAUAUCAUUUUUGUAUCUAGGAUUUGAUUGAUUUCCCAAACGACCCAGUUUCGGGGGGUUUGUAUGUUUUAACAUACUGACAGGUCCUAAUGGACUAUAGGAGCAGUUUAUUUUAGUUAGGCCUAUUAAACCUAGCGUAGCGUAUUAGGCCUAGCGGCUUUGGACAGAGUAGCAUGGCGGUCUUUGGUUUCGGAGGCCAAGAUCCACUUCGGGUCGUCGCACCACAGCAGUAAGUAAGUAAGUAGGCCUAUUAAAACUCUUAAGAAUAUAAUAUAGACAGAUAGUUUAAGUAAACCAAUUGUUAGAAUUAAGCAUAUAAGCAUAUUUAUUGUAAAGUUUAUACAUGUCUUAAAUGAUAUAAUAAAUAGUUUAAGAUUGUAUUUUCUUGGCUGUAUUUUACCCAGUUAAAAUAGCAAUUAAGUACAAAUUAAAUUACGUUUACGUACAAAAUGACAAUAUAUAUUAUAUACUUAUUUUGUAUAUUACCUGUAUUUGUAAAUAAACUUUUUUGUAUUUUGUAUAUCACAUAGAUGCUUAGGUACUUUAUGAACGUGUAGUAGUAAUGCUUAAAAAAAUUGGUUAUACUUCUUUAUCUGUGAAAAUAAAUGGGCCUGUGAAAAUUUUCUUGUGUUUCAAGUGUCAAGAUUUAUGCAUUUAAAUAUUUUCUUAUUUGAUUAUUAUAUUAUUUGUAGCUUAAAUAGAGCAAUUUAUUAUUUUCUAAUAAAACUAUCAUUAUUUAUC